GGCGUGCAAAAGCAAAGAGGCAAAGAGGGGGGCUUUUCCGAGCUUGCAAAAGGAGAGUUCGCCCGCCCUCCUCCACUUCUGCACCGCCAAGCAGAACAUCUUGAGCCGGAGCAUCUAAACCACAGGCAACAAACCGGCAGUUUUGGGCAGUCGGGAUAUGACGGUGAUACACUGAUUUCUGUCACCAUGGCAAUGGAUGUAACUUUUCUGGGGACGGGCGCUGCCUAUCCUUCUCCAACCCGAGGGGCCUCAGCAACGGUCAUCCGCUUCGAGGGAGAAUGCUGGCUGUUUGACUGCGGUGAAGGAACUCAAACUCAGUUCAUGAGAAGCCACCUGAAGGCAGGUCGAAUUACCAAGAUCUUCAUUACUCACCUUCAUGGAGACCACUUCUUCGGCCUUCCUGGGCUUCUCUGUACCAUCAGCCUCCAGAGUAGUUCCACCACAAACAAGCAACCGGUUAAUAUUUAUGGACCGCUGGGACUAAGGAGCUUCCUCCGGAGAAUUAUGGACCUCUCCCACUCCCAACUCGUCUUCCCUUAUGUUGUUCACGAACUGGUGCCUACAAGAGAUCAGUGUCCCAUGGAAGAGCAGAAAGAGGUGUCUUUUGUGGACAGAGACGAUGUCUCCUUGGAAGAAGUGCAAGGGACCGCUAUUCGCUUGGACCCUGUCGCAGACUCUUACGUUUUGGUGGACAACGAGCAGUUUGUGAUAAAGGCGUUCAAGCUCUUUCACCGAAUACCUUCCUUUGGUUUCGUCGUGGAAGAGAAGAGGCGGCCUGGAAAACUAAACGUGCAGAAGCUGAAAGAACUCGGAGUUCCACCCGGCCCCUUAUACGGUAAACUGAAGGACGGUGUGACUGUUGUCCUGGAAAAUGGGACUACCGUGUCUCCCUUAGACGUCUUAGAAGACCCUCUUCCAGGACGAAAAAUCUGUAUCUUCGGCGAUUGUUCUGGCAUCGUUGGAGACGCAGCCGUGAGGCUUUGUCACGAAGCUGAUCUGUUGGUUCACGAAGCCACGCUGGAUGACACGCAAGCGGCCAAAGCCAUAGAGCAUGGCCACAGCACUCCCAAAAUGGCGGCCGAGUUUGCAAAGCUGUGUCAGGUGAAGAAACUGGCUCUGACUCACUUCAGCCAGAGGUACAAGCCGGCCAGUCAGGUUGGCGAAGGUGAUAUGGAUGUUACGGAACUGAAGAGACAAGCGGAGCUGGUGCUGGACGAGCAAGAAGUGUUUUUAGCGGAGGAUUUCAUGACAAUUGGUAUUCCAAUAAAAAACAAACGUUGUGCUUCCUGACUAUAGAAGGGAGAAAUUAGUUUGCCGAUAGGCUGUCUUUUAUUCAUACACUACUUUUCUUAAGACCCAGUUGGAGAGGGCUGGUGGAAAUCAAGGCUGCAGCAAUAAAAGUAGAAGAAUCAAA